GGUGCCAUUCGACUCCGGGUUUGAUGCAGAGAUGAAGUCCUCGGUGGCCAGCGUACUGUAGUCGGUCCUCCGAGCUACUUUAGCGCACAACUUUUAAUAUCCGCCGUGCGACCAGUCCGCUGACCCGUCCGGACAACAAACUAGACAUUUCCUCUCAAUUCCAGUCUAAUUCUGCCUGUUAAUUCAGGCCAGGCUAGACGUGUCGCGCAACAUCCCCACCACCACCACCUUUUGUGGAUUUUCCCCCCUCUGCAACCAAAUAGUCUGGUGCUUCAGUGAGAGGAGAAAGGAAAACAAAACACACUUUGGCGGAUUGUUUUCCCGAACAUGAAGAGGAGAUGCGGGAGCAGGUAUGAACCGACUGAUAAUGAGGAUUAUCUCUGCCACUAACACAUAUGCAGCGAGGUGCCCUGGUUGCGGAUUCAGCCUGCUCGGUCAUCGAGCUGGGGGGGAGAAUUUGGGAGAAGUCGUGUGGAUCACAAAGAGCUUAUUAGAGCCGGGGAUACAACAAGUUUCAACCAUGCACCUCCUGUGCUGACAGAGGACCGAGUCGGGAGAGGAGCUGUGGUUUUGUUUUCUGGCCAGACUUUUCACCACAACACAAAGUUGGACAAUUGAGAGAAGUUUUCCAGUGUGUCGUUAAAUAACACUUACUAUUCAAGGAGCAGUGCUUUAUAUCCACCAUCGACUCAUAACUACACUCAGCCAAAGUGUAUUUUUUUCCUCCUACUGCAGUGUUUUUGACCACAGUGUUAGGCUCUCUGAACUGAAGUCCACUUUAAAUGCGGACUGGUUUGCGGUCAGUGAGUGCACAGCCGAGCUGCCAGUGCCACUUGAUUUUUAAUUCAAGGCAAAACAGAGGUGUUUUCUUUUUUUGCCAUUUCGUACCAACAGUAUGGAGCUGACAUGCAGGAGCAUUGUCCUGCUGGGGUGCAUCUUCCUGGACUGGGCUCUUCUGGUUUCUGCAGAGGAAGAGGUCCUGAUGAACACUAAGACGGAGACUUCUGAUCUCAAAUGGACAAUCUUCUCAAAUAGCAAACCCGAGUGGGAGGAAGUAAGCGGUUUAGAUGAGGAGAAUAACAGUGUGAGGACCUAUCAGAUCUGUCAGACUGACAGCUCAUCCAGCCACUGGCUGCGCAGUGGCUUCAUCCAGCGACUGGGAGCGUCUCAGGUUUACGUGGAGCUGCGAUUCACCAUGAUGGAGUGUUCAUCCAGGAGCACCCACCAUCGCAGCUGUAAAGAGACCUUCAACCUCUACUACUACCAGGCAGACUCCAAUGAGGCCACGUCGACUUACCCCCCCUGGAUGGAGAACCCCUACACCAAGGUGGACACAGUGGCUGCAGACUUUCUACUGAGGAAGGGAGGGGAGCGGAAAUUUAAUGUGAAGACCUUAAGGCUCGGCCCUCUGUCAAAGAGAGGCUUCUACUUGGCUUUUCAGGCUCAGGGCGCCUGCAUGGCCCUGCUGUCCGUCAGGGUGUUCUUUAAGAAGUGUCCUCCCCUGGUCAGUGCUCUUUCCUCUUUCCCAGAGACCGUUCCCCGUACUCUUGUGCAAGAAGCACAGGGUGUGUGUGUGGAGCACGCCGCUCAGCAGGGGCCCCGACCUCGGCCGCCUAAGCUCUUCUGUGGGGAAGAUGGCCAGUGGGUGGGCCAGCCAACAACCUCCUGCGCCUGCCUACCAGGGUUUGAGCCCGCUGAAGGACACACAAGAUGCACAGCCUGUCCUGUGGGUCAGUUCAAGUCGGGCACAGAGGGACAGUGCACAGGCUGUCCUGGAUUCAGCCAUGCCACCAUCAGGGGGGCUUCAGUGUGUGCGUGUCGUUCUGGAUAUUUACGUGCAGAAUCUGAUGCUCCCGACACCAUUUGCACUAGACCUCCCUCGGCCCCACGCAGUAUCGUCACCCAGAUCAACGACACCACACUCAGUCUGGAGUGGAACGAGCCUCUGGACAACGGUGGUAGAACAGACCUGAGCUACGCUGUCAAGUGCUCUGUGUGCAGGUCACCCAAGGGGCUGUGCCUGUCCUGCGGAGACAGCGUCAGCUACCGGCCUGCGCAGCAAGGCCUGCUGGGUCGAAGGUUGGAGGUGUGGGGCCUGCUGCCUCACACCACAUACACCUUCACGAUCCAGGCCCUCAAUGGUGUGUCUCAGCUCAGUGGCAAGGACCCUGCCAGUGAAAGUGUCAACAUCACCUCAAGCCACGAUGUGCCAUCGCUGGUGUCUGUGAUCCGGAAGAGUGACUCCACGGAGAGCAGUCUGACUCUGCACUGGUCAGUCUCAGCUCAGCCACACUACACCAUCCUGCAGUACCAGCUUCGCUACUGUGAGAAGGAGCGACGUAGUGAAGAUCAGUGCCACUACACAGAGAGUAACAAAAACCAGGCCGUGCUGACAGACCUCCGGAGGGCAACGCAGUAUGAAGUGCAGGUUCGGGCACGCACAAUGGCUGGUUAUGGCAGUUUCAGUCCUGCAGCCAUCUUCCGCACCCUGCCUGAUGGACAAGACUCUGCCUCCCAGUUCUUGGUACCUGGCAUCCUUAUCGCUGUUGGGAUGCUGUUGCUCGUCACUUUCGUCUUUGUGGCCGCCUACUGCAUACGCAGACACAGCCGAGUAAAGGAUCCAGAACUGAGCGACAAAAACAACCAGUACCUCGUUGGCCAAGGGGUCAAGGUUUAUAUCGACCCCUUCACCUACGAGGACCCUAAUGAGGCAGUGCGAGAAUUUGCCAAGGAAAUUGAUGUUUCCUUUGUCAAGAUUGAAGAGGUUAUCGGUGCCGGAGAGUUCGGGGAGGUGUGUCGAGGACGGCUGAAGAUCCCAGGAAAAAAAGAAAACUACGUAGCAAUUAAGACCCUAAAGGGUGGCUUCACUGAGAAGCAGAGACGGGACUUCUUGUCUGAAGCGUCCAUAAUGGGUCAGUUCCAGCACCCCAACAUCAUCCAUCUGGAGGGGAUCAUCACGGCCAGCUGUCCAGUCAUGAUCCUCACAGAGUUUAUGGAAAACGGAGCUCUGGACUCUUUUCUGCGGCUGAACGACAGCCAGUUCACUCCCAUCCAGCUGGUGGGUAUGCUGCGCGGCAUCGCCUCCGGCAUGAAGUACCUGGCAGAGAUGAGCUACGUCCACCGAGACCUGGCUGCCCGCAACAUCCUGAUCAACAGCAACCUGGUGUGCAAGGUGUCCGACUUUGGCUUGUCACGCUUCCUGCAGGAGAACUCCUCUGACCCGACCUACACCAGCUCUCUGGGAGGUAAGAUCCCAAUCCGCUGGACAGCACCAGAGGCGAUAGCCUUCAGAAAGUUCACAUCAGCCUCAGAUGUGUGGAGCUAUGGCAUUGUCAUGUGGGAGGUCAUGUCCUUUGGAGAGAGACCAUACUGGGACAUGAGCAACCAAGAUGUAAUCAAUGCCAUAGAGCAGGACUACCGGCUGCCCCCGCCCCCUGACUGCCCCACCCACCUGCACCAGCUCAUGCUGGACUGCUGGCAGAAGGACCGCUCGGCGCGGCCUCGCUUCGCCGACCUCGUCAGCGCUCUGGACAAGCUGAUCCGCAACCCUGCAUCACUGAAAAUAGUGGCUCAAGAAGGAGCAGGGCCAUCCUACCCCCUGCUGGACCAGCGUGCACCUUUAGCCCUCUCGUCGUGUGCUUCAGUGGGGGAAUGGCUGAGGGCCAUCAAGAUGGAGCGCUACGAGGACAGCUUCCUGCAGGCUGGCUUCAACUCAGUGGACCAGCUGGCCCAGAUCACCACACAGGAUCUGCUGCACAUGGGAGUGACUUUGGCUGGGCAUCAGAGGAAAAUCCUCUCCAGCAUCCAGACUAUGACCUUUCGGAACAAGAACACUGCAACAGUGACCUUCUAGCUGACUUGCCUCCUAACCUGGACGUGAACACCAGCACGCAGGAGCAGCCGUGUACCGAGAGCACUCUGGAUCCUCUCCUGUGACCCACUUUGGGAGAAUUUAUUAACGACCAAAAGAAAAUUUGAAAAAAAUAAAUGAAUAAUAAAGAUGACUUUCCCGUCGCAAUGAGAGUCGGCCAGGGAUGAGCGAGCCCCUGUCACCCGCAGUGACAAGGGCAUGAAGCUGACUCAUUUUUACAGUUUUGUGGUCGGUGUAUUUAUAUCCACCCGAGGUUAGGACCCAAAAGAUGUGCUAAACCAAGAGGAGACAGAUCAGAGUUUACAAAGUUUCUGUAGUAUCAUGUCAUUUUGAAAACUGGCAGUUGACUGGUUUGUUGUGCCAGUCACUUCACCAAAGGAGACAAAAAAGAAAAACCAGUGUUAGUCCAAGGAUUUCAGUUUUCAUACUGUUGUGUAAUUAUGAAUGCGAACUGCUUUCACUUUGGGUGUCUUGCAUUCAGUUCCUCUGGAUUACUACACAGACACCUUCCACAUCAAGACUGGCCAUUUUAGCUGUUGUAUUUUUCUUUUCUUUUUUUUCAAUUUUUCCAUCGACAUUACCUCCUCUUUACUCAGGUGUGAUGGGUAAUGCAGACUUUGGAGAGCGCUGUACUCGACCUUAUCAGACUUCUUUCAUCUUCCCCCAGUCUGGCUCUCCCCUCACCAGCUCCACAUGUGAGGAGAAGAGAGACACAGAGACAUAUCAGCACUUUUGUCAUUUCAGAGUGAAUUGUAAUCUCCAGUAACUCCAUGUGUUUCUCUUGGAGGGUGGUUGGUUAUUUCUUCUGCCUGUGUUUCUGCUGGCAGCUCAGUUUUAUUAUUGUCAGACUGAACAAGGACCAAGUGGACUCAGAGACCAGAGAACACUGUAGAAUUGGUUUUCUUUGUAGAAAUUUACCAAGGAAGCUUUCUGCCCUCAAACUUGUUUUUCUUGAUAUAACUGAUACAUUUUUAAUUAUCUUAUUCUGUAUUCUCCAUCUUCCAGUGCCAUUCAAUCGUCUUUGUGGACUUAAAUGCCAAUUUUGUAAAGCGGAUAUCUCUCAUGAGUGAUUCUUGUCUCAUUUAAAUGUACCUUAAAGUGUUACUUUUACAUUUUGAAGUCAAGUGUAUUAUUUUCCUUCAUCAGAUGCUGGUUGUGUAGUUGGCAAAUUGUUUCUGCUUUUGCCUCAAAGCUGCACAAAAAUAGUUUAACAGUCUUAACAUUUAGCAUUGAAAACAAUACCCAUUUAUCAGCUAAGCUCACAAGCUAGCUUGCAGCCAGCAGUAUCAAUUGGUUUCAGGUAAGAAUGCUAAUAAUUGCUGUUUGAUUAGCAGAGCGGCGCUUCCUCACGUUUUAAGUUUAGUAUAUUAUUUUCCGUUAUCAGAUGCUGAUUCUGUAGUCGGUAAAACGUUCAGCUUUUGCCCCAAAGCUACACAAAAAUAGUUCUUAACAUGAAGCAUGGAAAACAAUACACAUCUACUAGCCAACAGGCUAGCUUGCAGCCAGCUUUAUCCAUUGUUUUCAGGGUAGAAAAGCUAAUUACGGUUUGAUUAGCCGAGCAGCCACCCCUCACGUUUUAAGUUUAGUAUAUUAUCUUCCUUUGUCAAAUGCUGAAUGUGGGGUCAGCACAGUGUUUCUGCUUUUGCCUCAAAGCUUCUCAACAUUUAGCAUGAAAAACAAUACACAUAUACUAGCCAAUAGGCUUGUAGCCAGUAGUAUCCCUUGGUUUCAGGGUGGAAUGCUAAUAAUACUGCAGAGCUGCUGUUUGAUUAGCGAGUACCCCCUUCAUGUUAUUACAAGCGCUUGUUGAGGAGAAAUAAUAAACUGGAGUUCAAAAUGUCAAAGUAUUGCUCAAAGUCUUUGCAUCUCUUGAAGGAUAAUACCAGCUUUUUUGACAUUGAGGUUGUGUAUAAUUUUCCCGGUUUAGCUCACAAACCUGCAGUGAAUCAGGUAAAUGAAGCCACUAAAACAUACUCAAUGCAAAACACAUAGAAACACUUGCUAAAUGGUUUUACCUUUGUACUGUAGUGCUUUAUUUUUGCAACUGGUCAUUUGGAUUUUUCUCUGCAUCACAAAAAAAAUAACCUUUCCUAAUAAGUGACACCAGUGGAGCCAAUUUUUCCUAAUAGCUCCUUGGACAAUUAAUAUUGCAUUUAUCAUGAUUCCACAAAAAAAUAAAAUACAUUUGUGUUGGGCCUAAUCAAAAACACUGGUAUUGUCAUGCGAGAGUGAGAGAUUCCUUUAAGGAUUAUGGGAAGUGCGGUCUUCAUAUUGAAGAUUUCAAUAAAAAUCAUCUUUGAAAUAAUGAAUAGAUAAAGUAUGUUUUGAUUACUGUCCUGUGUGUAGGCUAAUCUGUAUUCAGUAUUCAUAAUAAAGAUACACACCAGUGUUUACCACCAA